UGUUCCUGGUCACUUGGCAGGAUGAGGGUGGCAGCCCUGCUGGCGUUGUGGAGUUGGUCAGCCCUGAGUCGAGCCCUCAUAAGGUCCUCGGACCCCAACGUCCAGAUACUGGGGGAGCCCCAACUGGACCCCAGCACCCUGCCUCAGGUCCCCAUGGGCAGCCCUGACUCGAUACACAAUGACAUUCCCGGAGAGCCGCUGAGCCCAGCAGACUUUGAGACCAGCGCUCACAUGGUGCACGCAGCGGUGGACACCACGAGCCAGGCGGACCCUAUAGAGCUGGCGGGGCUGUACCAGGGAGACAUUAUCCUCAACAGCAUGGACCACGUCUCCGAUAGUGCCAUGGGUGGCGGCAGGUCACGGUUACCACACGCAAGAAACGCCAUUAUCAACCUGAGUCGUCGCUGGCCCAAUGGGGUCAUUCCCUACGUCAUCUCUUCCUCAUACAACAACCAUGAGCGGGGCACAAUAGCUAUGGCGAUCAACCAGUACCACAAGAACACCUGCAUCAGACUCGUCCCCCGCACAGUGGAGAGAGAUUACAUCCACAUCCUCAAGGGUGACGGGUGUUCCAGCUCCGUAGGUCGUGUGGGAGGGGCCCAGACGGUGUCCCUGGGGCCCGGGUGCCUCUACGUGGGCAUUGUCCUGCACGAACUGAUGCACGCCGCCGGGUUCUGGCACGAACAGUCCCGCGCGGACCGGGACAACCACAUCACCGUGAACAAGCUCAACGUUCAGUCCGGCAUGUGGUACAACUUCGAGAAGUAUCCCUGGGAUAGAAUACAGAGCCUCGGUAUUGAUUACGACCUUGGGUCAGUAAUGCACUAUGGACCUUACGCCUUCGCUCAGGACAGGUCAAGACCAACAAUCAUUCCCAGGAAGACUGGCGUGGAGAUUGGUCAGAGGCGAGGCUUCUCUGAGUUGGACAUUCAGAAGCUGCAGACGUUAUACAACUGUGCCAACACCACUCUGGAAGCUGUCGUCACCACCGGGGCCCCUGUCACCACCCCACCACCAGACAGGUGUGAGGACCACAAUGAACACUGCGCCACCUGGGCGGGGCUGGGGGAAUGUGGGAAGAACCCCACUUGGAUGGGUGUCAACUGCCGCCAAGCUUGUCAUCAGUGUGGUAAGGAGUGUCACGACAACAGUCCGUACUGUAGCUUCUGGGCGGAGGCUGGAGAGUGCACAACCAACCCCACCUACAUGACCAUCUUCUGCAAGCUGUCAUGCGCCAUCUGUCACGCCCCAGAGGAGAGCGGGGCCUGCGAGGACCGACACAAGCACUGUGCUGCCUGGUACGAGUCUGGACAGUGUCGUACCAACCCAAACUACAUGUUGGUCUACUGCAGGACGUCGUGCAGGCAGUGUUGAGCAGGCCGUGGCCGUGGUGGUGGUGGCGGUGUGGUGCCUGAGGCGGCGGUAUAGUCCCCUCACAGCACCUACACAGAAGGCCUCGACCCCUACUAUAUCGCCCGGUGGUGUUACCAGCAAGGGAGGACGCUGGGGAGGUAGGGUGUCUCUCCAGUGUGGAGCGUCUCACCUAACUUGCACUCACUCCUCGCCACCAGUACUCACAUCACUCACUCCAGUACUCUCUACAACAACAGUCAGCCAUAGGAGUCACGUGUCAUGACAGCCAUGACAGAGGGACACUGUCAUGUCACCAGCCGUCACCAGCCGUCACCAUGGAGUAAGAUCACCGAGGGCUCUGCUCCUCCUCUCUGUAUAGAUAGCACAGAUCCUCUUAACUCCUUUAUGCUCCACCUUGACUAAUUAUUUAUGUUGUUUACUCUAGUGGCCUCUACGAGGAGAGGAAGCGGGCGGCUUGUCAAAGGUUCCCUCCCCCACUGUGCUAGGAUGAUACAAGAAUACCCCCUCUAAUUGAAUCUCAAAAUGCAAUUUGAUAGAAUUAUUAGAUUCAUGCAGAAAUCACAUAAAUGUGAUUUAUAUCAAUGAGAUAAUCCACUGGGAUUUUUCCCAGUGGAUUCCUUCCACCCGAGUGCUUGUGGGUCGUACAUAAAAACCUGGACUGACUUCAGUAGAAACUUCUAGACUUCCCAUGAUAUCAGGUGGCAGUGGUGGUUUAGUGGUAGAGUACACGACUGACAAUGCACGAGUCGUAGGUUCGUCCCCACCUAGAGUUCCAGUGGAUGUUUUAAUUAUUAUAGUUCUAAACUACUUUUUGUCCCAGUUAGACCAUUAUUAAGGAAUCAUUAUCCCAGACACGUAACCCUGGAAACACAAACCGAAA